AUGGCCAUUUGCACCAAGCUUGAAGGAGCUUCGGAUCAGGAUAUCACCUUCCUGGGUUCCCCGAGCAGGCAGACCACCAUCUUCCGGAUGGGUGACAGAGGUCAGAGGAAAGCUUCCAUGAUCGCUGCCCUCCAGACUGGUCCUGGACCUGGACGGUACAACUUGCCCUCGACCAUCGGCUACGUCAACCACGACUGGACCAAGUGGGCAAGCCCAGCGUAUUCCUUCCACCGUCGGUUUAGCAAUGCAUCCCGGUGGGAUUCCAGCCCAGGGCCCUGCUACUUUGUGGAACCGCAAAUCACCCGUUUUGGCCGGAGCAGAGGUCCAGCCUAUUCCAUGCUGGCACGGGCCAAACCUCGGGGUCUGGAGCAGACGCCUGGUGCAGGCUCAUACAGCCCUGAGAAAGUGGCCCCCGCCACCUGGCCGACACCCCCAUCCUUCACCAUGGGCUCCCGGACCCGUUACCAUCAGGUGGACCCCGUCCCCGCCCCCAAUAGCUACACCCUUCCGGCCCUGUUGGGCUCCCGGCUGGCCACCAAACCCUCCAGCCCCAGCUACACCGUUUCUGGCCGGACCCCAAAGGGCAGCUUCUCGGAAGACCUGUCCCGAUCUCCCGGCCCGGGCCGGUACAACAGCACGGACCCCAAUACCUACCUGAGGCGUCGGCCAGCCUUCUCCAUGCUCGGUCGCCGCAGCAUCUCCCCGGCGGUGUUCCAGUCCCCCGGUCCCGGGGCCCACAGCCCCGAGCGGGUGACUGUUCACAGAGCCCGGGCUCCUGCCUACUCCCUGGGCAUCCGCCACUCGGAAUUCAUCACCCCCCUCAUAGUGGAAGUCUCUCCCUGA